CCAUCAUAGACCUCAACAACAUCAUCACCAUCAGUUUCACCAGGUUCCUGAUUGGUCAAAUCAAAAUGUCUUCUCACAUCAGGGUCAGCCAAAUGUUUAUGACCCCUCUCACCAUGGCAACACAUACAUACCGCAUCAUGUGACUUCGGAGGAUCAUUUUAGGUAUGGGGAAAUUCCAGAGAGACAGGAAGCAGAGGGCGGGACAGAUGAACAUUCAGAUGUUGGGGGUCUGCCUGGACAUUACCAUUAUCAUCAUCUUCAUCACUACAUCGGCUAUAACAGUGACAGACAGGAUGAAGAUGAGCAUCCAAGGGCAGAUAACCCAUACAAGCCAUACUCAGACACACCCCAUUCUCAAGGAUACCAACACACUCUACAGUCAGAUCAAGGUUUUGUCACAACGCAGCACAGUUAAGGCUACAGUAAGGAGGCGGGGCCUAAUUUGUACGGGAAAUGUUUACUAUGACGUCACACAUAAUAUAAGGUCUUCAAAAUACCACAAAAUGAAAUUAUUUGCUAUUUCAAACAGCUGAAUAGCUGUGUACUACAUACAAACUUACUAUUACAUGCAGAUUUGUCGUUUGUUAAAUCCCACACAACAGUAUAUAAACGAUGCAUCGAUCGCAAUGCACUUGUCAAUGUGACGUCAUCUCGCAAAAAUGACGCAGUUUGUACACAGUGAGAGGCUGAUCAAGUAACAUUUUGUACAAUG